CUGCGGGGCCGGGCUGUGGCGGCGGCGGCGGCGGCAUGGCGGAGAGCGAGGCCGAGACCCCCAGCACGCCGGGCGAGUUCGAGAGCAAGUACUUCGAGUUCCAUGGCGUGCGGCUACCGCCCUUCUGCCGCGGGAAGAUGGAGGAGAUCGCCAACUUCCCGGUGCGGCCCAGCGACGUGUGGAUCGUCACCUACCCUAAGUCCGGCACCAGCCUGCUGCAGGAGGUGGUCUAUUUGGUGAGCCAGGGGGCCGACCCUGAUGAGAUCGGCUUGAUGAACAUCGACGAGCAGCUUCCGGUCCUGGAGUACCCGCAGCCGGGCCUGGACAUCAUCAAGGAGCUGACGUCCCCCCGCCUCAUCAAAAGCCACCUCCCUUACCGCUUCCUGCCCUCAGACCUCCACAGCGGCGACUCCAAGGUCAUAUACAUGGCCCGGAACCCCAAGGACCUGGUGGUGUCCUAUUACCAGUUCCACCGCUCCCUGCGGACCAUGAGCUACCGAGGCACAUUCCAGGAGUUCUGCCGGAGGUUCAUGAACGACAAGCUGGGCUACGGCUCCUGGUUUGAGCACGUGCAGGAGUUCUGGGAGCACCGUAUGGACUCGAACGUGCUUUUCCUCAAGUACGAAGACAUGCACCGGGACCUGGUGACGAUGGUGGAGCAGCUGGCCCGGUUCCUGGGGGUGUCGUGUGACAAGGCCCAGCUGGAGUCCCUGAUCGAGCACUGCCACCAGCUGGUGGACCAGUGCUGCAACGCCGAGGCCCUGCCUGUGGGCCGGGGUACGCGCCCGCCUGUCCCACCCUCCUUCUCUCUGCCUCUGCCUGGGGCCCCGGGGGCCUCGUUCCCCUUCCUGCCGGUGUCCUCGCGCUUUCUGGACCACAGUCCCCCCAUGUCAGGGUUCCGCUGCCCUGAGCCUCAUUUCUCCGGAGCCCUGUGUUCUUCGAGGGGCCGGAAGGUAACCCACGAAGUGUUGCUGAGGCUCCCUGGAGGUCCCCGCUGGAGUUGGCCUUGUCACCCCGCACGCCGUGCCGGAGUUUGCGGGUGUGGCUGCCGGGAUGUCUCAGGCUCUGUGGGCAAGAGGUGUUUCAGGCGGGCGCCUUCCCAGAUGCCCCACAGGGCAGACCCUGGGGAUGGGUUGGGGGCUGUGACGUUUAGAAGCGCAGUGCGUGCACGUGGCCUCCUUGAGCUCCAGCUGGCCCGUGGGAGUCGAGGGAAGAGGGUGCAGAGUCCGUGUUCGGAAGGGCCGUUUCCCUCCAUCCCCCGGGGAACUAGCAGCCUGGGAGGAGCAGCCCCGUCGGGGGAGGGGUGUGUGGUGUGUGUGCGUGUGCACGCGUGUGUAUGUGGUGUGUGUUUGGUGUGUGUGUGUGUGUAAGAGAGAGAGAGAGAGAGAGCGCGCGUGCGCGCGCGAGCUGGAGGUGCAGGCCUCGGCGUCACAGAGGCUGGCGCUCCCUCCUGGUGCGAGAGCUGUGUCUUGCGCGUGAAGCAGUUCGAGGUGAGGCAGGUGUUGCAGGCAGGAAUCCUCCCCAGACCCACUUGGGUUGCUCUCCGUGCCCUCAGGGCUUGUGGUAUUUGAGGCUGCUCGACUGUGGAGAGCUCGGGCAUUAAAAUCCCCGGCACUGCUGGGUGCCGGCCCAGGCCUGUGAGCACCCCUUCAGCAAGAGUCGCGCCUGACUCGGUGCUGUGGACCCGAGGCCGGUUCCCAGCUCCCUCGGGUGGUGCCGGUGCCGAGAGGAGGGCCCGGAAACGACGCCGGACUCUGCAGGCAGCUGCCUGGAGCGGAGAGAAGAGCUGGGCUGCGGCCUGGCCUGGCCAAGCUCGGGCCACGCCUUUGAGCUUCUCUGGCCUUUUGUCCUUCCUCUAAGGAGGGCGGGUCGGGGCUGCCAACCCGCUUGGCUCCCGGGGCUGUUCUGAAGGUCAGGGGGCGAGCGCCUUCCUGUAAAGGCAGGUGGGCCGCUCUCCAAGAAGACACUAACAAGCCGCCUCACCCUGCCGUUUCGUUCCUGGCUGCAUCGUCACAAAUGUUUAUUAUUUAAAAUUUAUUUGCUCUUUUUUAUUUUGCUUUCGCUGUGUUUUGUUAUCCUUGGGUGUGACCUUCUCCAGAAUCCCCCUUUCGGUUCAUUUGUGUGGUUAAGAAGUGUCGAGAACAUACUGCGUGCCCAUGCGCUCCUUCCGACGUGUUUGCUUCGUCAUCGUUUACCUCGGUUUUGCUUUAUUUCAGCUCUUUGGUUUUGUUUCUUUUAGCAUGUUGCCUCUUUGCUCAGAAGGCCUCCUUGCGUUGGUGAGGACGCAGGGGCGCGAGCAGCUGCAUUGCUCAGAUUUGAUUCAUGUCACAGCAUAAAUUGCACUGUCUCGAUUCCAAAUCCUAAACCAGGUGGGUGACUCCUUUGAUGAGCUCUCAGCUGCCUCAGCUGAGAAAAAUAAUCAUGGAAAAAUAUAUUUAUGGUGUGACUGGUCUAGAAGCUUCUAGUUUUGUCCCUUAGGUAUCAUUAGAGGGUAGCAAGCACAGUUUUUUCCUCUCCAACACUGACAUACAAUUUUUCAUCACCGAAGAGAAAAUCCUUGCCACUUUGGAUCUGUUAGCACAGCAUUUGCAGGGUUGCAGUUUCAUAUGUGAGGUCCUGCGAGGACAAGGACGACUGUUAAUAACAGAGCUAACGAAGGAUGUUUGCUGGAGACGGUCAGAGCUCUGAUCUCAGAGAUGCUGACGGUGAAUAGAAUUCUAAAUGGGCAUUUCAGUCCCCCGAGGCGGCUAUAUAAAAGCACAGCCCCGGCUCUCCGGGUGAUGCGUUCACAGCUCCUGUAGGUGGGAGGGCGGGACCCCCACUUGUGACAUCUUCACAGUCGCUAUUCAUAUGUGACCAGAACAACUGAAGAUUUGUAGUUAAGGAAAGUGGGUUCAGCAGUUUUCGUCAUUUUGAGCUCUCUCUUCCCUUCAUAAAGGGAUGGGUAGGCCUGUGCCUGCACCUCAGUCUGCACUCUCCAGGCUCCCUCACAUCUGCCAGGAGGAGGUCUCAUUUUCUUUUUUUUUUUU